GCCCCGCACCUCGGCCCAGGCCGCCCGCGGGCUCUGGGCACCUGUGGCCGGCCGCUGCCCAGGACUGGUGUCGCGCGGCCACCCCGUGGGCCAACCUAGGGCGCCAGCCCGGGCCCUGCGGCGCGAGAUGGUCCCCUGAGGCUACCUCUAAUCCCCGCGCCGGAUCUGGGGUUCUGCUUCUGGCCCGCGCCCCUACCCGAGAGUCUCCACCAACUUCUGCCCGCGAACUCCACUCUGCCCCCUCUCUUGGCCCAGGGCAACCUCGGCAACCCUGACAGCGCGGACCCUCCGGAGUACCCAGAAGGGUCACCCGGGAUGGCCAGCACCUCCCUAGGUGGAGGCGCCUUCGGAAGUAGCCAGCUGAAUGCUGUGUGGCCUUCACCUUGCAGCCUCUGUUGACCACACCUCCCCGAGUGCAGGGCUGCCGCCCUCCCGCCUGCCGCAGGAAAUGCUGUCCCAGCACAGCCGGCUCCCGGAGACCCCGGUGUGACUGCCAGGAUGGAGCUGGGGCCAGCGACAGAAACCUUUGUGUUGGAGCUGCGAUGUCUUGAGGAUGGGGGCCCAGGGCCUGACACCCUCUCAGGUGGCAGUGGUGGGAGCGAGAGUCAAGAAGAGGAAGAGGGGAGCAGCAGCCCACGGUCAGCUCAGACUGCUGAGCUACCAGCAGUUUCAGCCCCAGGAGGAUCCAGUAACAUCACAGACAAAGCCCAGCCAGGAGAACAGGAAUUGCAAAAGCAACACUUAGAGCAGCAGCCAGAACUACAACAAUCAGAGUAUGAGCGGCCACAACAGCAGCAACCACAGAACCAGCUAUUAGAACACCAAUCAGAAUUGCAACAGCAGCAGCAGGAUGAGAAACAGCAGCUGUCUCAACUACAGCACAAACUACAGGAAAACCACCAACCCAUGCAACACCAGGAACUGACACCCCAGCUACAGCUAAUUCAACAGCAUGGACAGGUGGGACAGCAGGUGCAAGAGCGACAGUUGCAGCAGCAGGAACAGUUACAGCAGCAGCAACUGCAAAGCCAACUGUUACAGCAACAACAGGACCAACUACAGCAGCAGCAAGUGCAAGAGCAACAAUUGCAACAGCAGGAACAGUUACAACAACGGCAGCAAGCACAGGAGCAGGAACAGUUACAGCAGAAACAGGCGCAAGAGCAACUAUUGCAGCAGCAGCAAGUGCAGGAACAAUUAUUGCAGCAGCAACAGCAGCAGAGAGUGCAAGAGCAAUUGUUGCAGCAACAGAAACAGUUACAGCAGCAGCAAGUGCAAGAACAGCUAUUACAGCAGCAGCAAGUCCUACAGCAACAACUGUUACAACAGCAGGAACAACUACAGCAGCAACAGUUCCAACAGCAGCAGGAGCAGCUCCAGCAACAGCAGCUACUGUUGCUACAGCAGCAGGAACAGUUACAGCAGCAGCUCUUGCUCCAGCAGCAGCAGGCACAAAUCCAGCAGCAGCUCUUGCUGCAGCAGCAGGGGCAGCUCCAACAACAGCAGCAGGAGCCUCCUCAGCAGCCUCCUGCUGCACUGGAGCCAGAAGAGGAAGAAGAGGUGGAGCUGGAGCUUAUGCCUGUAGACCUGGCGGCAGAGCAGGAGCUGGAGCGGCAGCAGGAAUUAGAGCGGCAGCAAGAGCUGGAACGGCAGCAGGAGCAGAGGCAGCUGCAGCUCAAACUGCAGGAGCAGCUGCAGCAGCUGGAAAGGCAGCUGGAGCAGCAGCAGUUAGAGCAGCAGCAGCUGGAGCAGCAGGAGGUGCAGCUGGAGCUGACCCCGGUGGACCUGGGAGCACAGUCUCAGGAGGUGCAGCUCGAGUUGACCCCAGUGCAGCCGGAGCUGCAGCUGGAGCUGGUACCCACUGCUGCAGGGGCCAGCGGGGCCGCGGUCCCAGGGGCCCCAGCGGCCGUCGUGGUGGCUCCUCCUGGUUACGUGGUCCUGCAGGAGCUCAUGGUGCUGCCUGCCGUGGCCACACCAGCCGUGGUAGCUAUCCCGGGCCCGGCCGGCAGUGCAGCUUUGACUCCCGCGCGGCAGCGGCGGCGGCGGCGAGCGCGGGACCGGCCAACCAUCUGUGGGGAGUGUGGCAAGGGCUUCAGCCGCAGCACGGACCUGGUGAGGCACCAGGCCACGCACACGGGCGAGCGGCCACACCGCUGCGGGGAGUGUGGCAAGGGCUUCUCACAGCAUUCCAACCUGGUGACGCACCAGCGCAUCCACACAGGGGAGAAACCCUACGCCUGCUCCUACUGCUCCAAGCGUUUCAGCGAGAGCUCAGCUCUCGUGCAGCACCAGCGCACGCACACGGGCGAGCGGCCCUAUGCGUGUGGCGACUGCGGCAAACGAUUCAGCGUCUCUUCCAACCUGCUGCGGCACCGGCGCACACACUCGGGCGAGCGGCCCUACGUGUGCGAGGACUGCGGCGAGCGCUUCCGCCACAAGGUACAGAUUCGCCGCCACGAGCGCCAGCUGCAUGGUGCGGGCCGCUCACGGGGCCUUGGUCUACUGCGCUCAACGCGGCCAGCGCCACCCGGCGGAGCUUCACGCGCCCAGCCAACCUCGGGGUCCAGCGCUGCAGCAGCAGACAAGGCGCCCUGAUGUGCGAUCCGCGCGCCUCGGGGAUCAAUGCAGGAGAGAACGGGGAACAUGGGUUGCUGUCACUUGUGAAACCCCGUGCGCGCACGUGUGGAGAUGGCCAGACGCCUUGCUCCCAAGUUCAUGGUUUCCUGGAAUAUCUUUGGAAAAGAAAAUACUUCCAUCAUCCCCCGGAUUCCCUGAGAAGUUCCAGGUUCACAGAUUCACACCCACCCCCAGAAUCAUCCACAACACUUAAGAUAGCACGGGGAAGCCAAUAGCUAAGGCGGAGGUGGCCACAUUGUUUUCUUUUUCCUGUGGGGGGAAAAAAAUCAGACUUCGCAGAAACAAGUCACCUGAAAAAAUUCCCUGUGACAAGCAAUUGGACACCAUGGUGUUUGUGGACCGAACACUAUCCAGAGAGUAAGGUAUCUAUAUGGAGAGACACAGGGAACAGAUGGAUCUUGGUGAGAAGUAUUUCAAGGAGAAGAACAGAGGAGAGGUAUAGAAAUUUACCUGGACGAGGUUGAAAACUGAUCAAGGCAUUGUCCUUUCAGCACUUGCCUUGAAAACACCUGCUAGGAUGGCAGUGCAUCUGGGUGGAUGUGGUUCUAAUGGAAAAACAAUAGUGUGCACAGGGGCCGGGGGAGGGGCAGAGUGCAAAGAAGAGCCAGGAAGCCGUGCUCCGGAAGGAAGGUGAACCUGCCUCCUGGAGCAGCCCAGGGUUCUGCGUGGGGCAGGCUACAGAGGAUCUAGCCUUCUGCUGCCACGAUCCCCAGUUCCCAGGCCCUGCUGUGGCCCAGCCUGUGGCUAACAUAGAGGGCAUUCUGGAGUUUUCUGAAAGGUCUAGAAGUGCCCCCCCCCCCAAAAAAAAAAAAAAAAAAAAAGCUUGGGACAGCCCUGCCCUGGCUCAGGCUGUUCAGAUGCUGCUCAAGGGGUUGGUGCUUUGACACCAGGGGCAGGGGUCUUCUGGGCCAGGUGGUGGGGAUGGCUGCCUGACAGACCCUGCUACCUGGCUGGAGGUGUGGGAAAAACUUACUGGGGACAAGGAUUGCGAGCAACAGAAAGGCUGUUUACCAAAUCCGUCUGGGGCAGGGGCUGUAAGAGCAGCAGCGACUGCUGACAUCUCACAACGGAAAAGCGGGCUGGGGACGAGGCCACUGGCUACCUCUGGACCCCAAGCACUUCUUGCUCUACCUGAUGUCCCAUGUGUGGCUGCUUGAUUUCUGCCCUCUGCCCUCUCUACUUCUCCUUUACUAACACAGUCUGCCAUGUUUUACACAUGUGUUGGUAAGUGAGAAACGAAACAUGAAAAAUAAAUUAAAAUGAGCUACA